CUAGCCACAAACUUCUCUUCAAGUUAUCGUACAUACAAAAGAGACGAGAUCCAGGCAAACCCCGUGGGAAACACUGUGAGAAGUCUCAAAUAUUCCGUUGAGAAAUGGCUUCGGAAAUUACGGACAAAAUAUAUCAACUUGCUGUACUUCCACUGGUGGGAUUUUCCUACCUCAACCGAGGAAAUCAUGGCCUCGCUGCACGAGCUCGUUACGGCAGCUAAGGCGACAAGCCAAGCCCCGGACGUUGAUGUCCAGGUUUCGAAGGUACUAGAGGGGGUUGCAGCGUGGCACAAUACAUCUGUGACUAGUGUAGCGCUAGUGUAUGUGAUGCACAAGGUGCCCCGUGUUCCUCCUGUCAUUGGUGGACGGAAGAUUGAGCACCUUCUCGGCAAUAUGGAGACAUUGGGGUUGGUGCUUUCGCGUGACGAUCUCUUGGAGAUUGAGCGCGCGUAUGAUGCUAACCUGGGGUUUCCGAUGACAUAUCUGUUUCAGAGUCAGGAUCGAGCCGCGCAUCUGGGUAACUCAACGGUUUCCAAUGUUGCAGCGCGAUUUAAUUAUCCUGGCCAGCCACAGCCUAUCAUACCCAAGGACUUGGAGGCUUGA